AUAGACCGCUUUAGUUAGUUCGUCCGAAGUGCCGCAGUCACACCGCUACGAAACUCGCCCGAGCGCGCGUCUCUUCAUUUUCCCGCCAAACUGUGAUGUAACAAUCUCUGUGUGAUCUGUGGAAAUAUGACAGUGAUUUUUUAAUUCAACUUUUUAAUUGUACAAUUUGUGGUAAAGGAAUAAAAUUAAAAUGACCGCCGGCAACGAGGAGCAUGAGCCUUUGAUUACAUCGUCUGUUGAUAACCAGCGUGUUGCUUAUAGUAACUCGCCUACUGAUGCUCAUACUCCAGAAUCUUCGCCUCGCGGCAGUGGUGGUGAAAUAACGUUGGCAAUACCAGCUCAUCGUAACUAUGGAGCCAUUGGAGGCAUCGAGAAGGUCACAUACACCUGGGCGGAUAUCAACGCCUUCGCCACAGAGUCUAGGUCCAGAUCCAGACGAAUCUGGAACUUCUGGAAGCCUUCUGCUAGUGGAAUGUUCCAGCAGAGAAAACAACUGUUGAGAAAUGUCAAUGGCGCGGCAUAUCCAGGCGAGCUCCUUGCCAUCAUGGGCUCGUCAGGUGCUGGUAAAACGACACUCCUCAACACACUUACCUUCCGUACUCCAAGCGGGGUAUUAUCCAGCGGUACCAGAGCCCUGAAUGGGCAGCCAGCCACUCCUGAAGCGUUAGCAGCAUUGUCAGCUUACGUUCAGCAACAGGACCUGUUUAUUGGCACACUCACUGUCAAAGAGCAUUUGAUAUUCCAAGCUAUGGUGAGAAUGGACCGACAUAUACCGUACGCUCAACGCAUGCGUCGUGUACAAGAAGUAAUUACUGAGCUGGCGUUAACAAAAUGCCAGAACACGGUGAUCGGUAUCCCGGGAAGGUUGAAGGGUAUAUCAGGAGGUGAAAUGAAGAGGCUGUCCUUCGCCAGCGAGGUCCUUACUGAUCCACCUCUCAUGUUCUGCGAUGAACCAACUUCGGGACUCGACUCAUUUAUGGCACAGAAUGUGUUGCAGGUACUCAAAGGUCUAGCCCAGAAGGGUAAGACAGUGGUAUGCACCAUUCACCAGCCUUCAUCAGAGUUAUACGCCAUGUUUGACAAACUGCUGAUCAUGGCUGAUGGCAAGGUCGCUUUCCUCGGCUCACCAGACCAAGCCAACGACUUCUUCAAAGAAUUAGGAGCAGCGUGUCCACCGAACUACAAUCCAGCAGACCACUUCAUCCAACUCCUGGCUGGAGUACCAGGCAGAGAGGAAACCACUCGCACCACCAUCGAUACUGUCUGCACAGCAUUCGCUCGUUCAGAGGUUGGAUGCAAGAUCGCUGCUGAAGCUGAAAAUGCCCUUUAUUUCGAGCGCAAAAUCUCCUCUGGUUGGGCGGAUCCAGCGUGGUCAGAAGCCACAGCUAUACGCGCUCGUAGGUCUCCGUACAAGGCGUCGUGGUGCGCUCAGUUCCGAGCCGUCCUAUGGCGGUCCUGGCUCUCUGUCACCAAGGAACCCAUGCUCAUCAAAGUGCGCUUCCUACAGACUAUUAUGGUGUCUAUCCUGAUAGGCGUUAUCUACUUCGGGCAGCACUUGGACCAGGACGGCGUUAUGAACAUCAACGGAGCCAUCUUCAUGUUCCUCACAAACAUGACCUUCCAGAACAUCUUCGCUGUUAUUAACGUAUUCUGUUCAGAGCUACCAAUAUUUAUACGAGAACACCAUUCAGGGAUGUAUCGAGCAGACGUGUACUUCUUGUCUAAAACGUUGGCAGAAGCGCCCGUGUUUGCGACGAUACCUCUAGUGUUCACCACCAUAGCGUAUUACAUGAUAGGACUCAACCCGGAACCGAAGCGGUUCUUCAUCGCUUCUGGACUAGCUGCCCUCAUCACCAAUGUUGCUACUUCAUUUGGCUACCUAAUAUCGUGUGCCAGCAACAGUGUCAGCAUGGCUGCAUCAGUGGGACCUCCCAUCAUCAUUCCCUUCAUGCUGUUCGGAGGUUUCUUCUUGAACACUGGUUCUGUACCACCAUACCUGGGCUGGAUAUCGUACCUAUCUUGGUUCCACUACGGCAACGAGGCUCUGUUGGUGAACCAGUGGUCCGGCGUGGAGACCAUCGCCUGCACCAGGGAGAACUUCACCUGUCCUGCAUCUGGACAGGUCGUGUUGGAUACUCUUAGUUUCUCUGAGGACGACUUCUCAAUGGACGUGAUCAACAUGGUACUCCUGUUCAUAGGGUUCCGAUUCCUCGCCUACCUCGCUUUAUUAUAUAGAGCACGUAGGGCCAAGUAAAUAAUAAUAUAUCCAAAUACAUAGACAUAUUAAUUAAAUUAUACCUUCGUAAUAAAUCAAUGGGAAAUACAAAAUGUUUAUUUUUUACAUUCCAUCUGAUAGCUAAAUGUAUUUUUUCUAGCAAGCAACAUUCUUCGAUUCGUUAAUUUGAAAGUUUGAAGUGUGACGUCACUUUUGUGUUUACAAGGUAGUGACGUAAUGAGACAUAUCGUGCGCUCUUAAUUUUCUAAAAUUAAUUCUUCUUUUAUUAAUCGUUAUUUUAUGUAUUUGACUGCCAAUUUCUAUAACAUAUCUCAAUCCACAAUGUGUGGAUUAAGAUCGAUUUUUGACAGAUAUUCCGUACAACUACUGUGAAUAAUCGGCCAAUAUCGACAGAUUUUGGAUUAAGAUAGUUUAUUGAAUUUGGCAGUUAGUCGAUCAAGAAAUACAUGUGUAUAUAAUAAUCUAAUCUUUAAACUAUCUGUUUGAUGAAUUAAGUAAUAAGGUAUAUAUUGUUUCCCACCCCCUUUCGUCUCCAAUCAGGUCAUGCAUCAUUAUUACUUAAAACUUUAUUUAUGGAUUUACACAUGUUCUAAAAUACUAUGCUAAAAGGUAUUCUAUUCAACACGUUUAACACCUUGAACGCCAUGGGGGACAAGGUAUGAGCCACGAUAGCGGAGGAUUUACCCUCAACAGUUUUCUGUUGGCAGUCAAACUGUAAAGAAUGUUCAAACGUACUUACGCCUGUUGAUUGGCAAGUAUGCCUGAAAUAAGCAUGCUGAUUUUUAGCACCAUUCCGACACACAUGCUACUAAGUGACAAGUUCUCAAUGGGGGUUUAUUGCUAACUAGAUGGUGCAAAUAUAGGAUGAGGUAUUUGUAUACAAUCACAACAGCUGUCAAAUAUUGAAACUCUAAUGGUAACGACACUAGCUAAUACCUUAUUGGACGAAGAACGAGAGGUUCACUGGCGCUAUCUUGUAAGCAAAAAUAUGGUAGGCUCCAUUGAAAAAUGCUUUCGUAUUUGAAAUUAGCAUGUCUUAACAGUAACUUUACGUUAAAUAUGUGAGUAAAAAACAUCUGAUUAUGUUAUUGAGAAAUUGCAUUAAUUUAAAAGCUGUAAGUUUAUGUGAAGCUUUCUACAAUGUUAUUUUUCUUGUGUUGAUUUGUAAUUAAAUAAUUUUAAGAAUAAUAAAGUAUAUAUGUAGUUAAAGAAAACAUGCUCUUAAUUGAAUUGAAAGUAAUGAAUUUUCUUCGUGUUGAUUUAUUUACAUACUGUUAAUUAUGGUAAGCUUUUGACCAAUUGAAAUAUGUUUUAAAAUUGGCCAAUUUAAUGAAAUCAGUUCAUUUGCCAUAUGCCAUAAAUAGUAUGUUGUUUUUUUUUGUAAUGUCGCCAAUUUAUAGUUAAGAAUACAAUGUAAUUUUUUAUAUAAGCAUUUUAUGAAAUUAUGUGUUGUAUUGAUAUAUGAAUAAUGAAAACGAUUAACUUUCCAUUAUUAAACUAAUUCUACCUCAUGAAAUAGAUUUAAAUUCAGUACCAAGACGCACACUAAACAUAAAAUAUUAUUAUCUUCCUGAAACUUAUACCUGAAAACUUGGUUGCUCCAAGGAAAUAUUUUUUAAAUAGGUUUACAAUAUUUCUGAACUUUAUUUUCAUGAAAUCAACUAUGGUAGGAUUAUCUUGAUUUUUGUGUCAAAGUUUUGUUUAUCUAGUUUGUAAAACUGUAUUUAAAAUAAAAUAUUUUU